CACACCAACAUGAGAGAACGUUUAGGCACUAUCCGAACUUUUGGGUCUUUUUAAACAGCAUCUCCAUCUAUAAUCUGAGUGACUUAUAAAAUGGGUUACUGUGGAAUAGUAUUGUUUGUAGUUUAUUAUUUCUGUUAGUUUAUUUCCACUUUGGAAUAACACACUUUUUCAGCUUAUUGUGUAUCAUUCAGGAAUGUCGCCCAUUAAAAAAAAAUAGGAGCAUCCAGGUGUUGUUCAGCAUACGCUGAAAACAACAACAACAAACAAACAAACAAAAAACAAACAAACAAACAAAAACACCAAGCAGAUCAACCAGGCAAGAAAGUAAGAGGAACGAGCAGCUGAUAGCUGAAGGCUGUCUCGUUUGUACAGGACCGAAUCUUUUCCCGAUGCAUCGCCGCUUUGCUGCUCACGAUGUCUCUCAUGUUCGGGAAAGCGAGAACUUGCAACAUUGUGACGAUUCCGGAGCACGAGCCUGCGGAGUGCAACAUCGUAGUUCUGGGCGCUACUGGGUCAGGAAAAUCAGCUCUGACUGUGAAGUUCCUCACGAAGCGUUUCAUUAGUGAAUAUGAUCCUAACCUCGAAGACACCUACUCCUCAGAGGAGAUUGUAGACCAGCAGCCUGUUCAAGUCAGAGUAAUGGACACAGCGGACCAGGAUGGACCAGUGAACUGUGAGCGCUACCUGGCAUGGGCCAGUGCGUUCCUUGUCGUCUACAGCAUCGAUAACAAAUGCAGCUUUGAGAUCUGCCAGCAGUAUCUGGAAAUGGUGACGCCGUAUACCAAAGGCCUGCAGCCAGAGUCUCCCAUCAUUCUACUGGGCAAUAAAGUGGACAUGGAAAGAUACAGACAGGUGAGCCAGACAGAUGGGGAGACCCUGGCUGCGCGUUUUGGCUGCACGUUUUUCGAGGUGUCGGCCUGCCUUGACUUCCCAUCUGUGCAGCACGUGUUUCAUGAAGCCGUGCGGGAGGCACGGCGUGAAGCAGAGAGGAGCCUCGCAGUCCGGCCGCUCUACAUCAGUGAGGACAAGUCCACUGUCAGCCUCUCGCCUGCUCCCCCUCUCCUGCCCUGCUACAAGGAGCUCCCAACGCCCACCACAGCCAAGGUGGUGACAGUCAAGUCGUCCAGGGCCCAGAGCAAGCGGAGGGCCCCUACACUCACCCUCCUCAAAGACCGCUUCAAGAUCUUCUGACUCACUGCUGCCCCCUCCUGAUGCGAACACAGCCUAACAGCCGAGCAAAUAAAGACAAGACCAGCAUGGCAAAAGUCCAUGGAGUUGCUGUAAGAAAGAGAUACCAAUUCUUGUUUUGACUGGAGUCUGUUUCCACAUAUGGGCAUGCCAUGUUGGCACCGUAGCUUCAGCAGAGCCACUUAACUUUGGAUAUAACAGGCAUUUGAAUAGUGUUGUUUGAUUUACCCAUGCAACUAAUAUCACAGGAAAUCUUCAUUCUAGUACUGGGUGUUUCGUUCACUCUUUUCUCAUUUCCCUUUGCAUAACAAAGAUAAGGUUCCUAUGUGAGUAAUCAAACUUUUGGUAUUGUCACUCCUUAAAAAUCAAAUCCUAAAUGUAGACCAAUGAGUAUUUGUUUAUAAAAAGGAUACAGAGUGUAUUCUGUCAUUAAAGGGACAGAGGAAUAAGUACAUAUAACCAAGUCUUCAUAUCAGAAUUUAUUACCCUAGUUAAUUGUGUUUACUCAGAAAUUGUACAUUGUAGCUAAUUUAUAAUAAUUAUAUAUAGCUAAAAAAUAUGUUUAUUUGUGAUUAAAUGUUUAAAUGAAAAGAGACCCAUGUCUCUGUGGGUUCAAGAAGUUAAAAAGUCUCUGUGUGUUUUAUGGAUUAACAGUGCCUCUAAUUUUAGUGUUCAUUUCACAUAUUUUUACAAGAUUACAUUUGAUGCUGUGUCUAAAUUCAUUUCCAAACUCAAACCCAAAGACUUUAAUCCCUUACUGAUGAUCUUAAAAUGUUCUUUUUAAAAAAAAAUUAUUUUAUUUAACAUGGUUAAUACAUAUGAAUCACCUGGUCUGUGACAUUUAAAUGUCAUGUGCCAAAGUGCUCAGAUGUAAUGGGGCUCAAACCCAGGUCCAAUAGGUAGCGCCACCAACCCUCCGCUGGGUGGGCCCAUGUGCAAAACCGUGGUGGGCCCAUGUGCAAAACCGUUAGGUAAAAUAAGAGAAGGAUAAGAGAAGGAAAAACUCAAAAGGUGGGGAAUCAAACCCCGGCAACUUUGUUGUGAGGUGAAUGAGCGCCUGCUAGAAAAAGGGAAAAACAAAGAACGCCACGGGAAGAAUGGCAGCCCCAAUGCACUAUGGAAAAUAAAAUUCUAAGACUUCCCAUACAAAACCAGAAAGGAGUGUUUGUGAAGAAGUUUAGUGACUAAGAGAGAGACAGACAGACAGACAGACAGACAGACUUGAGAGGGAAAACUGGAGAAGGGAGGAG